UUUUAUUUAUCUCUAUAUUCAGAAAAUGAUAAAAUCACAAAGUAGACGCAGAGCAGAAAAGCUUACAGUUCCUUUACAACUGGAGUCUCUGUAUUCUAUAUUUCGUUUCGCCAUUGUUGGUCGAAAUAUAAAUCCUUCUUCUCCACAACUCAUCACUGCUUCUCAAAACCCUGAUAGAAUUCGGUUAUCCUCGUGGAUUAUUGGUUCUCUCGAGUUUCUUUUGAUCUGAUCCUCUUCGCCAUUUUCGAGAUCUCAUCAUUGGGAUUUACGAGGUAGUUGAUUGAUUUGCUUCACACCCCAGUUUCGUUUCCGUAAUUCGCAUUUACGAGUUAGUUUAAAGACUCGUUUUGUAUUGGUUCUGAAUUUGGCAUACAGUGAGUGAUGCUUGCUCUUUCCUGAUUUGGAUAAUUCCUUGGAUUUGGGGGAACUAAGUAUUAAGUACAAAGAAUCCGAUGACGAAUCUUCUGGGGACAGAAAGAGGAAUUGUUCGUAUAGUGUAGAUUUGCUUACAAGAGAGAGAGAGAGAGAGAGAGCUGUUGUUUCUGAUCGUGGGACAUGAGUUUUGCCUCAGUGUUUGGUCUCAGACCACGGAUCAGCGGGUUACUUUUCUUAAUCCUCGGUGUUGUUGCUUUAGUUACCAUUUUAGUACCUUCAACAUCAAAUUCAGAUGAUUCUUCUACAGCUUCAACGGCGCGAGUGUCGCCAAACAACAUUUAUAGUAACUUUUGGAGGAUAAAGGAACAAGCAGCUGUUGAUUAUCUAGAUCUACGGUCUCUCUCCUUGAGAGUCAAUCGGUUAAAAGAGUUUCCUUUGUGUGGCAAACAAAGAGAGAACUAUGUUCCUUGUUAUAGCACAUCAGAUCGAAACUGCGAGCUUGCGAGAGAAGAGGAAAGAUGUGUGAUUCGUCCUCCAAGGGAUUAUAAAAUACCACUUAGAUGGCCGGUUGGUAGAGAUAUUAUAUGGAGUGGGAAUGUGAAGAUCACCAAAGAUCAGUUUCUUUCAUCAGGGACUAUGACUAAAAGGCUAAUGUUGCUUGAAGAGAAUCAAAUUACGUUUCACGCUGAAGAUGGCUUGAACUUCGACGGGGUCAAAGAUUACGCUUUUCAAAUUGCUGAGAUGAUAGGAUUGGGAAGUGAUACUGAGUUCCCUCAAGCGGGUAUACGGACUGUGUUAGACAUCGGUUGCGGAUUUGGUAGCUUUGGCGCACAUCUAGUGUCUUUGAAGCUGAUGCCUAUAUGUAUAGCAGAGUAUGAGGCAAGUGGUAGCCAAGUCCAGUUAGCUCUAGAGAGAGGCCUUCCUGCAAUGAUUGGCAAUUUCUUUUCGAAGCAGCUUCCGUAUCCAGCUUUAUCAUUUGACAUGGUCCACUGUGCUCAAUGUGGGAUUACUUGGGAUAUAAAAGAUGCAAUGCUACUCUUGGAAGUGGAUCGUGUUCUCAAGCCCGGGGGAUACUUUGUUUUAACGUCUCCUACAAGCAAAGCACAGGGGAAUUCACCGGAUACUAAGAAAACAAGCAUCUCAACGCGAGUGGCUGAGUUAUCCAAGAAAAUCUGCUGGAGUCUCACGGGUCAGCAAGAUGAGACGUUUCUUUGGCAGAAAACAGCGGAUCCAUCUUGCUAUUCAUCUCGCUCGCAAGCUUCUAUACCUCUUUGCAAAGAUGAUGAUAUUGCUCCGUAUUACCGACCACUGGUUCCAUGUAUAAGUGGAACCACGAGUAUUAAACCUGAAGAAUUCGUCGAGGAUAUACAAGUAUGGAGAUCAGCACUUAAAAACUAUUGGUCCUUGCUUACGCCUCUGAUUUUCUCAGACCACCCGAAAAGACCAGGCGAUGAAGACCCUCUUCCACCUUUUAACAUGAUACGCAACGUCAUGGACAUGAAUGCUCGUUAUGGGAAUCUGAAUCUCGCCUUGCUCAACCAAAGAAAAUCGGUCUGGGUGAUGAAUGUGGUCCCAGUGAAAGCACGUAAUACUCUUCCUAUUAUAUUUGAUCGAGGCUUUGCUGGCGUUCUACAUGACUGGUGUGAACCAUUCCCCACUUAUCCGCGAACAUAUGACAUGCUUCAUGCCAAUGAGCUUCUCACACAUCUUAGCUCAGAACGGUGCAGCCUAAUGGACUUGUUCUUGGAGAUGGACCGGAUUCUCCGCCCUGAGGGAUGGGUUGUUCUAAGCGAUAAGCUUGGAGUGAUUGAGAUGGCUCGCGCACUUGCUGCUCGUGUGCGUUGGGAAGCACGAGUCAUCGAUCUUCAAGACGGUAGUGACCAACGGCUCCUCGUUUGUCAGAAACCUUUCCUGAAAAAAUAACUCAUCCAGAAUGCAAAACAGUCAAAAUUUUGCUUCUCUGCAACAUCAACACUUUGAGUACAGUUUCUUUCUUUUUGCCUGAUUCAAAUGACGCCUGCAAAGUUCUGGAGAGAAAUCAACAUUUCUUUAAGAAGAUGAAAAUGGAGAGUGGGAUUUCUACGAGUGGAAGAGUUAUUUUAAAACUUGUUUCUUCUUUCCGGUUGCAAAACAGAAUUGCAGUGAUAUAUUCUUUCAUUCUUCCUUUUAAUUUCUUUGCAAGAAUCAAAACCAAAUUUUGUUCCGCAGAGGAAGGAAAGUACAUUAUAGAGAUUUUUUUUUUUUGGCUCUCGGUUAGUUAGUUGUUUAUAAAACUAAAGUUGAUUCAUGAUUGCAUGAUAUGAAUUAUCUUUUUUCC